CUUGUAUUCCGUUUUGAACUUUACUUACACUUUUUUUUAGUAUCUAAGUCUGGGACAAUGUUGCGUUUUCAUUUUUGAGUGUUGACGUUUAAGUAUUUAGUUCCGAAAUAGAAAACCAUCACAAAAUGGGAAUCGACGGAAUACGAUUUGAGGAAGUUCGCGACAUCCUCGAAAAGAAGCACUACGCAUGUCGCAACAUCGCCGGAUCGCACCACAUCUUUCGGAAGCCCGGAUAUGCCUCGAUUCCCGUCCCCGUGCACAAUGGCAAGGUGAGCUUCGUCAUGUGCCGGGUUGUCGCGCGCCUCGUACGCAACCACCAAGCCCAACAGCUAACGAGAGGCUUUCUAGUACCGGAGGAAGAAAUUGCCACCGUCGUUGGUCCUCCAUUGCAAAUAAAUCAGACCAGCGUCAGCAGGUGCGCAGAGCGGAAAAUCGCCCGGCAGGCCGCAGCGAGACGCGAGGAGACAUCUUCCGUCGUCUUGGCCGACGAGCCAGAGUGGGAGCAAUGGGAGAUGCAGGCGCAGAGGAGUUCGGAAAAAAUGGACGCACAAAAGCGCGAACUUCGCAUCAUGCUAGACGACCUCGCUUCGGGAGAACCCACCCUCGAGCAGCUCCGGGACUUUCUUGACUCUGGCGAGGGUGCGGCCGCGUUCGUACACUUCCCUGACGAAAUGCACGACCUCCAGUUCGUGCUCGUCGAGAUGUACCAGGACCGUCUCGGAGAGUCCGCAAGCGACAGCGAGACGACGAGGAACACGCUCUCCGCGGCAUUGACUCGCAUAGACAAGUGGACCCGCGCGCACUGGCGGAACAACAACGAACUACAGCAGGCACGCGAGGAAGUCGUGUCGUUUGUCGUCGACAAACUCUUGGACCGAGUGGAGGAGGUCGAACACCAAAGCUCCUCGUUUGCGAAUCUGUUGGCGGACCUGAUGCACGUCGCGCAGCACGCAUCGUUGUUCAAAAUGCUGCGAAACAACCUACGCUUCUGCAAGCUUGUCGUGAGGCUCGCACCACACUUCGAACAAGAGGUGACGCACCUUUGUUGCGCCACUUCUUCGAAACCCGAUCCAAGUUGUGCUGCUGCGCCGGAAACUUCUAGUACGCCAACGGUUACUGACGAACUCAGUAACUUCGCCAAGGCAGCUGUGUGGGCACGCAUGCUGCACGAUCUGAACCCGCUGAGCGUACUACGGAAGCACGCGGAAGGGAACAGUGAGGACGACAAAUUUAUUUCAGACGAGAACUUCGCACACUGGGAAUUUAUUACGGAGCCGCUGCUCCAGCUGUUUCGGUAUAUGCCGGACUUUGCCGCCACACUCCAAGCUGGCUCGUCUUUCUACGCGUGUGCGUUUCACCCCAUGACGGUGUCAACUACAACUUCCGCCGGCGCUCGGCAGUCCCUGGACAUUCCACUAUUUCAGCAGUUUCUCACGAAAUUCCAAGAAAUCCUCGACACGAUUGCGCUGAAUGAGUUUGUGAAACGGGAAUCGAGCUUCAUACAGUUUCUGAUCGCGCGGGCGUCGCAUGAGAUACACUUCGCAAUCGAGCGAAGUCAUCCUCCUGUCUCCGCCCCUGCGGAAUUUCUGGCCGCGACCGGUGGACAACUCGCGCCUUUGGAUUAUUGCCGCCUCUUUAGCAGCCUCGAAGACAUGAAACAACGAAUCGAGAUGCUCCACCAGGUAAACGCGGUUGUAUUGCGCACUGCACAGGUCUACGCAAUCCUCGACAACUGCGUCUUCCGGCCGACAGAAUCGCUUCCCGUCGCUGCCGACUGUGAUCAACAAACUUCCUCUGCUGACGGGAAAAACGAAAAAAUUGAACCAGCAAUGAAGAAGCUGGACGACUGGCUGCUGUGCAGGUUCGUGAACUUCGGGUGCCAUGUGUUGCUGCAGUCCUUGCUGAUGUCUCUAUCGGUGUUUGCGGCGACUUCAUCGACAGGAGCCGCCGCCAUCCUCAACCCCUGGCUGACCGACACACGGAAAACUGUGGUGUCUGUGGACGACGCUUCUGCCGAAUUGAACAUCCUGGUGCUGUGCGAGUUGUUCGACCGCACAGCAGCUGCGGCGCGACAGCCCCGUCAAGACACUGUAUUGGGCGACACUUUGGCUCCGUUGAACCGUCUUCGGCAACUUCUUGCUGCAGGUAACGUUCUCUGGCUGCCGGGCUACGGGGCAAUGGAUGUUUGCGAAAUCUUGCACGGACUCUCGCCCGCUGCUGCUGAAGCAAUCCAAGGUGCCAACACGGCACAGGUGGCGACAUCCGAGUUCACGCAAGAAAACGACCUGAACGCCGUGAAGGGGUUCAUGGUAGCGCUGUGGUGCGGUGUGCGGAUUGGGCAAAUUGUACAGGUGCUGAAGCCCUUAGACCUUUCCGUUUCACUCGCGCGCUAUGGCCUGCCGCAAAAACGAGAACUUCUCCUCCAUCCACCGCGCCAGAAGGUCGGUGAUCCCCGGGACAAGUCCGUGCUGGUCCUCGCAAGCCUUUUGUUGCAGGUACGUGAAUUUUUUUAGGGGGCAUAUGUGAAAACUACAUGACGAAUGAUCAAAAUGAAAGCCGAAGCAUGAGCAUCUGCCUAUAGCUUUAUUUCAACAUGUGACUUCAGAUACAAACGCAAACCACAGCUUUCGCAACUCCCAAGCGACACAUUCGACGCCGCAAAGCUCCGCUCGGAAUUGCAGGAAGGAAUCGACAAAAAUGAAAAGACGAAAUGCCAGGACUUCGUAGACCGCCUCCUAUCCUGUUUGCCGGAAUUUCUGCAAAUCGAAAAACCGCCAUUGGAGAGGAUGUGUGCGGUCAUCUCACAGUGCUACUACGACGCCGAGCGCCUGCCGCAGUCAGCGUGCGUGUGGGCGCUAGCGAAGGACGCAACGAUCUUCGCGGUCACGUCCGACGUCCUUGCGUGGGAGCCUCUGAGCCGCAUAUCGGCUGAAGUGCAGAAGAAUGGAUUUGUCCUCCCAGCACCUAUCCAGCAAAUUCGCCCAGCGGCGUCUGCGGACCAGCCGCCAGCAGUUGAAGUUUUCUACCCAGAUGAUAGGACGCAGACCAGCCUGAAUACAACCAGCGCAAGCUACGGCAUCAGUUCUGCGCUACUUGAUGACACCACGUUCGUAACCGCCGGCCGGGCACUGACCACCGCCUCAGAACCAGGUCGAGACGAGUUGUUUGAGGCGAUUAGAGACUUCUUCAAAAUCUUCAAAAAAUGGAAGAGGCUGCUGAGCCAGCGAGUAUUUACCAAUGACGUAGCAGCAAAAACGGGAAGCGCAGCAGGCCUCUCUGAGCAGCAUCAAGAACUGGCGAAAACGUUCCUCAGCAAAGCGCGCAAGCUCCUCGAGGCCCAAGUCUCACUGCAACAGAAAGAGCGCGUCGCGGGUCACAAUCGCGCGGACAACUCGCAUCGCACGGACCUGGACCUGAUAAACGAGCAGGACGUCGAGGGUGUUGGCCUCGUUUUUGAUGGUGAAGUCCUUUCUGAUGGUUCUGCAGAGCUUGCCCUUGUGUCUGCACAUGGCGAUGCAUCGCCGUCGUUUUCCCGUCGAUACCACCAGUAUGUGGAGCACACUUUGACGAAAAAUGUUUUUCACAACCUGGCACCACAACCUGAGGUCUUGCUCGACAUCCUGGCGGUCGCAGCCCUCGUGAGCUGGCGCCAGACACUGUCCCUGCGUCGCGAGACCAGGAAGCUCCGGAGGAGGUCCCCAAACCUUUUUGAGGUCACGAAAGGCUCCUCUGGCGCGUCGCCCAGCAUCGAGAGUAGUUUUACACCCUGCUCCCAGUUCCGAUCUUCUGAGGAGAAAACUAACUGGUUUUGGAAACUGGAAAGGGCCGAUACCAUAGCGGCUCCUAUGAUUCUCCUGGCCUUUACGCUGGAAGCCGCCCGCCGGCAAGGUGCGCAGUUUCAUUACAAGGGCAAGCGCAUUACAAAUGUAAUGUUUCUGGAGGGUUUUUGUCCUGUGGAAGGACUUACUACCGCGGAGUUGCUGUGCGAUGGGCAUCGGAUGUCGCUCUAUCCGAGCGAGGCGAAGAAGAAGAAGUGUGUUGCAAUCUCGACCGGCGCGGCACAGGGCAGUCGGAAGGAAAAGCCGCACAAGAAAAGCCGCAAAGCAAAGAACAAACCUCGCGCCGUUGAUGCCGCCGCUCCUACGCAACAACUUGCCACGACCGGCCAGCAAGCAGCUGGAGCUCAAUCCUCUCCGGCAGUGCAAGAUGAUGAAGUGCGGCUCGAAGUUCUGCGAGAGCAAGGCAUGCGGUAUUUUUGGGCUGCAUUUGCUCUCGACGAUGGUACCGUCGCGCAUGUCGACUUGUCAGGGCCUGUCCACGACAAAUUUGAGUACCAUCUCGUGCCGGGCAGUGUAGGCUUCGCGAAGGCACCCGCAGCUGCCUCGAAGUCGACAGCAGCAUCCACCAAUAGCGAGUGCGAAUCCCUCAGAGAUGAUGACCCGCUGCCCGUCUCUCCCCGCCCCCUCGCAAACGACGAGACUGGUACCUUCGGACGAUUGGCUGACUCCGCGGCUGGCCUGGAGGGUGAUUGGGCACCAGUUUACACUUUUCCAAUGCCGUCCCUGGCGCUUAUCGAAACAUCCACUCCAGCUGCCGGUGCCGCGGAUACCCGUCGUUGCGUAAUGAAGAGCACGACAAACGACUUCCGCGUUUUUAAACGAGCCACGGCAUCCAAGCGAGCGCAACAAUUCGGUCCACUGGAGUGGCUUGAAGUGUCCGGUGCUAUCGAAGUGACGUUGUUGCCCGACUUCCUAAACGCGGUCACCAAGGGUGUUCGGCAGUCGUCAGACGUAGUGGUGAUAAAAUCUGUUGCGGACGAGUGUGCUAUUGAACUCGUUGGUCGUUCGCUCGUCUCAGCAUUGUCCGCGCCCACUGUUUCCCAACUGCGCGCCAAGGUGGACAAGGCCCCCGGUCUGAAGAAGCAGUACAGCGGCCAGGGUGGUUGUGUGUUGAGGCCGGCGGAAAGCAAAGCACUCCCUGCGGAAGCCCAUGUUCCGCACUUCGCGCGGCUAGCGGCCCAUCAAGAUCAAGAUCGGAGCAGCAGCCUGGCGUGGUAUCUGUAUUCGAGUCAGAUGGUGCCGCAAUCGCUCUCAUUUCAGCUUCUGAUGGGGAAGACAAAGAACGUCGUGCAGUUUCCGUUGCGGUGUCUGCAGUUGUUGCGCAAGGACGGUACAGCGUACGGGCCCCAGUGGAGUUCCGCUGAUGGCAUGCGUGCCGCAGAGAAGCGAUCUUUGGCAGCAAAAUAUGGGAAAGAUGACAUCGUCCGCAUUAUCGACAAAACACACCCUUGGUUCAAGUACCCGGGGCGAAUCCUACAAAUCACACGAGAAGCAGCUAUGUCGGGACAUGUCGUGGUGCAACUAAAAAUAGACGACGAGGUGGACGAGAUCGUGCAUUUGUCGCCGCGCAAGCUCGAGCUGGUUCUGCGGGGAAGAAGGAAGACAUUUGAAGAGUACCAAGUGCAAAUAUGUCUGGGUCUGAAAGGCUGCAGCUUGUCGCACGGAGUGUCGAUCACGGAAAAAUCUGUGUUGCAUCAACGCCAAAAAAUGACCACUUUUUGUGGUGCUUUGGUUUCUCAUUCCCACUUCUUGCUAUAGCAAUAGGCCAAUGAAUUUGUCGUGCGGAAUAGACAUGAGGAAGGUCGCAAAACCAAAAUCUGCGACGCUUCUGGUUGCAUGCCAGACAAUGCGUCGUGUGUGGUCCACGAGAUGCAUGACAAAUCUUGCAAUUGUCCAGACUCAGACAUAGUUGCAUUUGAUAAAGAGAGCCGCCAAGCGGUUUCGAACCUGCUUACCACGGAAGAGUGCGAGCAGUUGAAUGAUUGGGUGAAAGCUUCGGUGCCGUACCUCAGUUUUUUGCGAAUGACGGAUCCAACAGUGCGCAAAGGUUUCAUCCUUGCCGUGAACAACUUCGAGACUGUUUUUGGUCAUAACGAGCUCAUGCUUGCGUGCACGGACAAGUUCAAAACGCUCCUAUCAAUGGCACAAGAUCCGGAUUACGACAAGACCUUCCGACAUCUCAUCUCCUCCACAAUGACGUCUCCUGGCCCGGAGCUCCACCAGCUCGCAAGCAGUCCAAAGUACCGGACGUGGGUCCGGUGGCUUCGCGGUGCAGGUGGAUAUAUUAUGCCGCGGGGCAAAACAAACAGCGAACAGGACCAGAAAGACGCGGCGAAAUUAUGGAACGACGUGUACGAAACUCGUUUUUGUUUGUACGAAGGCAGUUACGACAGCGCGCAGGACUUUUACAACAAAUGGAAUCGCGUUGUUUACGGACUCGACUGCGAGAGCGCCUUCGGGGCAAUAAUUUUGCGCAGCGACGCGUCUGAUGCUUCGGAAGAUGAAGAUAUGGACGAUGACCCGGAGCCGCAUUAUUUGGCGCUGCCGCCGAGCGAAGCACAUUACGCAAUCGUAAAAAAAUGGGUCUCAGGUAAGAACGGAUUUGAUCCCCAGUGGCCAGCAAGCACAUUGGAACAAAAACUGUUGCAAUCCUUCGGCGCGCAGCAUUUUUUUGAUUCUGGUACGGCCGACCUCCUACAAAUGUGCGAAGAAGCCGAGGCGGACCCCUCGUGUAGCUGGCGCUCGCACUGCUGGAGCCUUUGCUUGUUCUUCAGCAUCGUGAGCUUUCUCCACGACAACCCAAAUAACCUCUGCACAAGCGCGGUCGGACUCAACAAAGCGGAGCUCGGCAACCCGGCGGGGAACAACUUCUUAGACCUGCACAGCUUCAAUCCCGAGGCCAGCCGGAAGGUGGCAGCGUUUGUGAAACAGUAUCUCCCAUUCAUUCGAAACAAGUUUCCGGACCACAUGUGGCACCUCUCGCCCUUUCAUUACCGGCACUGGGACGCCGAGCUCUUUGCGGAGCUGUGCAACGGAGCUCUGGACUACCACCUCUGUUACGACGCACAAGACCGUGACGGUGCAGUUGCGAAAGUGCGUGACCGCGUGCGCAGAAUCGGGAGCACGCUACUGCAGAAAGGCGGAGUCCUCCUGAUGCAGUUGUACCUCUCCGUUCUGAGGUUCUGCUGCGGUGGCAUGUACAAUGUGCAGGAGGAAGCAGAAUUCUCGAUGCGACCGGUCUACCCCCGGGACCACGAUCUUGGUUUCGGUGCAGAUGUCAGUGCAGACCAGGUGGUGAAAUUUUGCCACUGCGACAACAUCCACACGCCCUUUGGCGUCACAUCCUGGGUAGCCAUAGUGGAAUCCAUGUGGCACGGAAUAGGACCGUGGCGAAACAAGAAUCCACGCGAUUGGUGGUCCAGUGAGCCGCCUCCAACGUCGCUCGCUGAUUGCCACGCAUUACUUGCUGAACUGCAAAGGCAAAACUGCUUCAGUACAUAAAGCAGCAGAAUUGUUUAAAUUUUGGUUAUUUGCAAGAAUGCAUCGCCACCUUUUAUGUAAGAUUAAUCAGUGCACCAGUUGGAGCUGACCAAAAAGUCCGAGCUCCUCCAGACAAAUUCACUCUAGUUCAAUUGUAAGUAUGUCUGUCAAAGGGACAGAAAGGAUGAUUUUACUUGUGGACUUGUUUAAAACAGAUUGAUUUAGUACUUGAGAUACUCCCUCAAUGUAAUGUCAAAAUUCACACUGCAGAAAAAAUCUGCGGAAAACUGCGGAGACGAUUAAAUGCACACUAAAAAAAUGACAAAAGUGCCUCAGAGUAUUUGAUGAAAGUUGAGCUGCUUAAUUGGUGAACUAUCUUCCGUCCUGAAAAUGAUUUCUCCACUAGAUUCUUG